CUGAUUGAGAAACAGAUACAUUGCCGUAAAGAACAAAGGUACAACCAUCUCCGAUCCGAUCUCACUCACUACCAUUAACUGCUCAGUUCCGUUGCUUCUUCGUCGUGGAGAGACGGCCUCCGUAAGAUCCGAUCCAUUUGAUCCGAGGAACCUGGGCCUUCCAAAACGUCGUCGUUAUAAGAAGCUGAGUGCUAUAUUGAAUUGAUUGAGCCAGCCCCCGCAUUGAUCGUCGUCGAACUGUAUUCUGGCGUUUGAUUCCCCGCCGGUAUCGCUGAUAACAAAAGCGAGCGAACGCGUUAAGGUAUUAAACCGCGUUUGGCUCGAUUCUAGGUGACGGAAGAUCGAUAACGCGAACUCGCCUCUGAAUCUCCUCCGGCCUUUUGUUUGUUCUGGGGCGGAGAGAGUCCUGCUGCAAGUGGUAGCUCUUCGAAGCUCAUUGCGUUUCACCAGAUUUUGUUACAGCAAACAUGAAUAUGCCUUUGUUGGAUAUUCAACCACGAACACUCAAGUUUCCAGUUGAUCUGAAGAAGCAGACUACCUGCAUGGUCCUGCUAACCAAUACAACUGAUCGUUUUGUUGCGUUCAAGGUCAAAACUACAUCACCAAAGAAGUACUGUGUCCGUCCAAAUGUUGGCGUUGUUGCACCAAACUCAUCCUGUGAAUUCUCUGUCAUUAUGCAAGCUUUCAAAGAACCACCUCUAGACUUGGCUUGUAAAGACAAAUUCUUAAUCCAGAGUACUGCUGUGCCUGCGGACACAACUGAUGAAGACAUCACAGCUAGCAUGUUCUCCAAAGGGGAAGGCAAACACAUAGAGGAAAACAAACUGAGAGUCACUCUCGUGAUGCCCUCCGACUCACCUGAACUAUCUCCAGUUAAAGGGCCAACGAAGGAGGAAGCAGUAUUUGAAGAUUCCAUCCUCAAGGAUCGAUCAUAUGGUCAAUCAGAGAUCCUUCCUCCUCCACAAUAUGAGAGUGAGAUUGUAAAGGAGCCUAGGAUGGUUGGGCAUGAUGAGCUAAAGGCAUCGUAUGGUGCAAAAGAGCUAGUGCAACCAAAAAAGGGCGUCACGGGUUUUAUGGAAGAUUUGAAUCCUGCUAACGACUUAAAGCCAACACAUAUUUUAGAUACUCCCACGGCCAUGGAUUUUCCUGGGGAUAAAGGGUUUACUAAUGGAAUGACUUACCCUGAGGUUGUCCAGCUAGAGAAAAGAGAUGGUCAGAAGAUCAAUGCAUCGGAUGAACACAAGUUGGUUAAAGACAUUGAAGAGAUGAAGGUGAAAGUCAAAGCUCUUGAAUCGAAGCUACAACAGGCUGAUUCAACCAUUUCGAAGCUAAUGGAAGAGCGGUCUAUAGGAUCCCAACAUAGAGAAAGCUUGCAACAAGAGCUGGCGGAUCUGAGGACGAAGAAGAUAGUGAAAGAGAAGCACAUAGGGUUCCCUCUGCUGUUUGUAUGCGUGGUGGCGUUCAUCAACAUUGUUAUCGGGUAUGGUCUGCGCACUUGACUGCUCGGUCUCUCUCUAGGUCACACAUACCUUUAAUAUCUCAAAGUAAGUGUGCAGUCAGAAAAUAUAAACAAAAGAAGGGAAAAUAAGGUUUUGUUUUGUUUUGUGGGAGAGCGCAUUAUGAUGAGUUUCUCCGGGCACUUUAAAGAUGGAUUAUUAUAGACUUUGUAUAGCGUUGGGGUGUUAGUUGACACAAAUGGACAUAUGGUAAUAUGAUGAUGAUAUGCUUUGUUUUUUCGCUCUUUCACUUACUAAUGUUUAAGGAGACUGCAUGUUCCAAGUUAUUAACGUUCUUUUAAGA